AUUCAUUAAUUUAUAAUUUGAAGAGAAUCGAUGAAUAAGUACAUGAUUGAUCAAACUUAGUUUGUAGAAAGUAGAUAAACUUUGAAUGGAGUUUUAGUAUUUUUUCUGAUAUUGUGCUACUUUUUGAGAGAAGGUCAAGUAAUUUGUGAAGUAGAAUUCUGAACUGAGUAUUUUAUAAUUAACAACUUCAUAAAUUUUGAUUAUAUUUGAAGUAAAGUUAUUCGAAUUGAUCAUUGAAAAAAUGAUUUGUCUGCUUCCAUUUUUGAGUCAUAUUUUAUAAACACACCUUCAAAUAAAUUGUUCUACUUAUUAUUAAUAUUUAUUGAUUAAUGAAAUAUCAAUAAUAUUAAUUAUGGACUUAUAUUAACAUUCUUACACCCUCCCACCAAAACGAUUGUGCAAAGAGCCAAAGUUGGCUAUCUCUAUUUUGAAAAGGAAAUUCAUAGAACCAAUUUAAGACUUUGCUGGCGCUAGAAGAACUAGAACAAGUUUUUCACCUCAAAGGAGAAUGAAAUCGAUUUAAAUUAGAUAAAAAUCUGCAAUACAAACAUUUAAUUUUGAAGUUGGAUAGAUAAUUGUCCCAAAAAGAAAUUCUAGAGUAACACGCUUCUAAGGUCCUAAUUUUCCAUUUAAUCUCAAUUACUUGAUAAAGUAAAUGAAUGCUUUAAAAUGA